AUGGAAGAGACAGCAAGACAACAUUUCAUCAUUGGCGAUAACUUGCGUCACAAGGCAUUUUAUGAUGAUGCCAUUGAUGAGUUCAGCAAGGCCCUUCAGAUCCAACAAUCUGUUCUGCCUGAAACCUCUCCGGUGAUUGCCAAGACUCAGUAUUCCUUGGGAUUGGCGCUGAGGGCCAUUAAGGAUUAUGCUGGGGCGCUAGAACUGUUGUCAAAAGCAGCCUCAACUUUUGAGAGUCAGGAAAAUGCCGAAGACUACGAAACUGAAAUCUUCAACUGCCAGCUUAACAUCGCACGAACCCAUCACAGUCAAGGAGUUGAUUGGCAACGAGGCGGUGACUAUGAUAGGUCCAUCACAGAGCAUCGAAAAUCACUUGUCAUUCGGGAAAAGCUAUUGGGAUCCAAGCAUCUCGAGACAGCGCGGACGUAUUACGUUAUGGGCUGUGCGCUUAGCGAUCGUGGAGAUUUUGAUGAGGCUCUUAGUGAUCUCCGAAGGACUUUUCGCACUCGUCGUGUCAUAUUUGGAAAAGACCACAUGGAUACUCUAGAAGUGAUUGACAACAUGGGAGUGGUGCUUCAUGCAAAGGGUGUGAUGAGUAGUGAGGAUAUCGACCAAUACAAGGUAGUUGUAGUGCAAUCCGUGCAGUAUGAACUGGAGGGUGAUAUGCAUUAUGACAGCAAGAACUUUGAGCAAGCAAUGCUCAGCUAUCGAAGAGCUCUUGCAUUGGAAGAACAAUGCCUUGGAGAUUUGCAUCCGACGACUUGUGACUUGUACCUUCAAAUGGCCGAUGUAAUGGGAGAACUCGGCGACUUUGAAGGAAGUUUGGUUGAAUACAAGUCAGUCAUCACCAUCUAUGAACGACUACUCGGAAAGUUUAACAUCAAGGUGGCAGAGAUUUACAACAGAUUGGCAAACAUCCUUAUGGAUAAAGGAGAAUACGAGACGGCUCUAAGCUUCUACGCAAAGGCAUAUGGUAUCUUUGAUUCCCUCUUGGGUGAGCAUAGUGAUACUAAGCUUGCGAUGGAAAACAUCCGUUUGGCAGCCUCCAAAGAUCGGAAUGCCAGUGAGUCGAUGAACCUGAUAAAGAAAGCUGAAGAGACUUUCAAGCAGAGGCAUCCAAGUGCGGCAGGGUACACUGGCCCUAGUGCUGAUAAUGGUAUUGAAUCUGCUGAAAUAAAGGAAAGUGAGAAGCAAAUGGAAGCAAUCGUGAAAGAACCAGAGGCCGACAUCAUUUAA